UGUCCCGGAACCGGAAGUGGCGGCGGUGGAGGAGCGGGCGCUGAGGAGGAAUGGGGGGGGUUUAGGGGGCGGGUGCCUGUCUAGUGGGUGGCAGAGUUCAGCUCCCUGGAGGGGUGAAGGAGGGACGUCCCAGAGACCGGUCUUUGAGGAAGGAGUGGGACUUGACAUCGGGAGGAAGGACCGGGUUCGGUGUCUCGGGGGAGCGAAGGUUUUAGGGGGACAGCUGGGAGCCUCCAGUAUAUAGACCACUGAAGGUUGAAGGAAGUACUUCUUGGCACAAGGCCUUGGAAAGUUCAGGAGCCCUGGAAAGGAGAAGGAAUAAGACGACAGGAGGAAGAGAGAGAGAGGGUAGAAUGGAAGAGUCUCACUUCAAUUCUAACCCGUACUUCUGGCCUUCUAUCCCCACAGUCUCAGGGCAGAUUGAAAACACUAUGUUCAUCAACAAGAUGAAGGAUCAGCUGUUGCCAGAGAAGGGCUGUGGACUGGCGCCACCUCACUAUCCCACUUUGCUAACUGUCCCUGCCUCAGUGUCCCUGUCCUCUGGCAUCAGCAUGGACACAGAGUCCAAGUCAGAACAGCUGACCCCACACAGUCAGGCAUCUGUUACCCAGAAUAUCACAGUGGUUCCUGUACCAUCUACAGGACUCAUGACUGCGGCAAUGUGCUAGGCAUUGUGGGGGAUACAAAGAAGUAGAAGAUGCGGUCCCUGCCUUUGAGGAGGUGACAUUCUUUCCUUCUCUGAAUCAAGGAGUCUCCUGUUCUCAGAGGUGGAGAAGAGAAGGGAGUCAAUCAAGGGGUCCUGGUUUGGUAAUCACAUCCCCGUCAGGCUCUCUUGUGACCACAGCCUCCGCAGCUCAGACUUUCCCUAUUUCGGCUCCCAUGAUUGUCUCAGCUCUUCCCCCGGGCUCGCAAGCCCUACAGGUGGUCCCUGACCUCUCCAAGAAGGUAGCGUCAACCCUAACUGAGGAAGGAGGCGGAGGUGGUGGUGGAGGUGGCACUGUGGCUCCUCCUAAACCUCCUCGGGGCCGCAAGAAGAAGCGGAUGCUGGAGUCAGGGCUUCCUGAGAUGAAUGACCCUUACGUCCUUGCCCCUGGGGAUGACGAUGACCAUCAGAAAGAUGGCAAGACCUACAGGAGCGAAGGGAACUGCGGCACAGGAAAUGGACAGAGCCUUGGGCUCAUGGAUUCAGUUCCCGGCUCCACCACGAACUUGCUGUGUGACCCUGGGUGCCGGAUGUGCUCCCUGACCUUCUACUCCAAGUCGGAGAUGCAGAUCCACUCCAAGUCACACACCGAGACCAAGCCCCACAAGUGCCCGCACUGCUCCAAGACCUUCGCCAACAGCUCCUACCUGGCCCAGCACAUCCGGAUCCACUCAGGGGCCAAGCCCUAUAGUUGUAACUUCUGUGAGAAAUCCUUCCGCCAGCUCUCACAUCUGCAGCAGCACACCCGGAUUCACUCCAAGAUGCACACGGAGACCAUCAAGCCCCACAAGUGCCCGCACUGCUCCAAGACCUUCGCCAACACCUCCUACCUGGCUCAGCACCUCCGUAUCCACUCAGGGGCCAAGCCCUACAACUGCUCCUACUGCCAGAAGGCCUUCCGCCAGCUCUCCCACCUCCAGCAGCACACACGAAUCCACACUGGUGAUAGACCAUACAAAUGUGCACACCCGGGCUGUGAGAAGGCUUUCACACAACUCUCCAAUCUGCAGUCUCACAGACGGCAGCACAACAAAGAUAAACCCUUCAAGUGCCACAACUGUCACCGAGCAUAUACAGACGCAGCCUCUCUCGAGGCUCACUUAUCUACACACACAGUGAAACACGCCAAGGUUUAUACCUGCACAAUCUGCAGUCGGGCAUAUACAUCAGAAACAUACCUUAUGAAACAUAUGCGCAAACACAACCCUCCUGAUCUUCAACAGCAAGUGCAAGCAGCGGCAGCAGCAGCAGCGGUGGCCCAGGCCCAGGCCCAGGCUCAGGCCCAAGCUCAAGCCCAGGCCCAAGCUCAAGCCCAGGCCCAAGCUCAAGCCCAGGCCCAGGCCCAGGCCCAGGCCCAGGCUUCACAGGCGUCACAGCAGCAGCAGCAGCAGCAGCCACCGCCACAACCACCACACUUCCAGUCCCCUGGGGCAGCUCCCCAGGGAGGGGGUGGUGGGGACAGCAACCCGAACCCUCCACCCCAGUGUUCCUUUGACUUGACCCCCUAUAAGCCGGCAGAGCAUCAUAAAGACAUCUGCCUCACUGUCACCACCAGCACCAUCCAGGUGGAGCACCUGGCCAGCUCUUAGAGAUCCGUACUGCCAUCCAUCGGAACGGGGAGAAGUCCUGGUCCCUCCUUUGUCAACUCUUCUUGGUGGGAAAGUUCUCUUCUUCCUUGACAAGUCCUGUCUCCAGCUCCUUGGGUCUCAGGCAUGGCUUUUCUUCGCAAGAUAACCAUCCUUAUUCUCAGCUGCUCCUGAUUGGCCAAGGAAUCCUGAGCUGAUAGUGUUAUCCAACAGCCCCCAUCCAGGCAGAGCUUUUAAAACUGGGGCUUGGUGCUUGAGAGAAGGAUCCGCUGGGAGCUCACACAUCUUAUCCAGUGUGGGGCGCUUACCUUUCUCUCUCUUCAUCCUCAAAGUUGAGGUUGAUGGAAGACUAGUGGCUGGCCCUCCCAGAUAACAGAGAAGGAAGCUCUAAAUGCCACCAGCCUUCCGUUCUAUGCUUACCUGUAAAAGAACAGAUUUUGCACGUGGCCUGACCCCUGUGAGCCAUUUUCUUCCCCUUCCGUGGUCUCACUUUAUAUUGGGUGAUGACUAUACCUUUUUAUUUGUAAGGGGGCAAUAGCUGAUUCAUGGUUGCCAAGGUGCCAGAGAUUCCCCGGUGACCAAGGGUGGCUUAAGAGUAUGAGUUAUUUUUCCUUAACAGCCUCCUUCCUUCUCUGCCAACCAAGGGCCUAUAUACUCAGUCUCGCUAUCCCAGUCCAAGGAGCUCUGGGAGCUGUGGUAGCUGUGUUCUCUGCAAUACCAUUCGGUCUUUUGCAGAGAAGGGAGAAUUCAGGGCACACACAGGACUGGACUUAGCCUCCCUAGGUGCCACGGUCAGAUGCCGGACAUGGAUUUAUAUAUAAAUAUAUAUAUAUAAAUAUAUAUAUAUAUACCUGCUCAUCACGGCCAUCUUUGUUGUAACCAUUUCUGUGUUUAUAAAUGCAUUAUCUCUGAGAAUUUUCAUAUUGAUGUUUUAUUUUUGUCUUAUUUUUUUUUCUCCACCUUGUCCUCUGGCCAUGGCAUUUUAAUUUUCUUUUGACUUUUAAUUUUUUUAAUCAUGGGAGAUUUCAGAUAAAAUAAUCAGGAAUUAUACAGUUGUUAUAAAGCAAUUUAAAAAUGAAAAUCUUAUGUACAAACUAAGGGGUGUUUUUAGACCAUUGUAUAGAAAUAAAUUCAUGUUUAAGGAUGA